UUUUAUCCAGUCCUGUAAUAAACCCCACUCUCUCACUCUCUCUCUCUCUUCUUUCUCUCUCUAAAAUACCGAGUGUGACCAUGGAUUUCAAAUCGUCCGCUUCUGAUUUCUAAAUCCAAAUCUUACUACCCAUUUGCAUUCCACACUCACACUCUAACUAUUUACGGUUAAUUAUUCGGAUCCUCUCUCUCGGGUUCGGAUCCUUUGAGCUCGCCGGAACACGACUCAGCUUUCUUUCUCUUGCAGAUCCUUUCUCUGAUGAAAUUUUGAUUUUCGCACGCUUUCCAAGUGUGUGAUGGAUUUCGAAAGUAAUGUUAUGCUGGUUGAUGGGCUUGAGACGUCCCAUCGAAAUGGUAUUCAUGAGCAAAGUCUUGCAUCUCCGGAGAAGAUUGGUGUUGUUUCAAAUGGAAAUUUAGAAAAUGCUUCGAAGUUGGAAGAAGAUAAGGCGAACUCGUACGCUGAGGAGGUCAGUGAAGGAUCAAAUGGAUUGACAGGAUCUCAGGAAGGGGAUACAAAAAACGAGGGUCAUUCAGAGCAUUCCAAAUCACUGAAGGGUCCUGGAAAGAGCAAAAGUGAAAAGUCAUCAAAACCCCAAAAUGCCUCGGCCAAUUUGUUGAAGAAAAGCAAGGAUAUAAAAGUUGCUGGGGCAAAUGGUUCAAUUCAUUCAAAUUUACAGUCAAAACAACCUUUGAAAAUCAAAUCAUUCAAUGAACAGGCAUCAAAGCAUUCUGCAAAGUCUGAUGUGACAUCUUCUGAAGGCCUCAAUGGACACAGGGACACAACAAAAUUGAGAUCUCUGAAGAAAGAACCGGCUAAAGUGGAGGAGGAAACACAAACUAUUUUAAGUCCAACUUCAGAGGACGCAAAACCUCGGAAGGCAGGUGUCCUUCCAAAUUAUGGUUUUAGCUUUAAGUGUGACGAAAGGGCUGAGAAAAGGAAAGAGUAUUACUCUAAACUUGAGGAAAAGAUUCAAGCAAAGGAGGCAGAAAAGAAUAACAUGCAAGCAAAGUCCAAGGAAACUCAAGAAGCUGAGAUCAAGAUGCUUAGGAAGAAGUUGGCAUUUAAAGCAACACCCAUGCCCAGCUUCUAUCAAGAGCCGGUGCCACCUAAGACUGAACUAAAGAAGAUUCCUAUAACAAGACCUAAAUCUCCCAAGUUAGGUCGAAAGAAGUUGGAUUCUGAAGAAAAUGAUGGGCAGAGUGGUCGAUUGGCUAGGUUAAGUUUGGAUCAGAAAUUAUCUCAGAACAACCCUGUGAAAGGACCCUCCCCUAUCCAAUCAAAGAAGCCUCAGCGGAAGUCCCUCCCUAAACUGCCUUCUCAGAAGACAAGUUUAUCCAGUGCGGUUACGGAUGAAAAAACUGUAUCAUCUGUAGGUACAAAUGAGGAAAAUGCAACCUCUUGUGAUCAAAUCAACGAAGGUUCUUUUCCUGUGCAAGAGCAGGAUUUGGCUCCAACAGAUGGGGAGCUAGUGGUUGGAGAGCAAUUGCAGCCCGAGCAUUAAGCAGAGCAGCAUUAGAAAUCCGAUGCUCUUACAGAAGUGUAGAAUUCAUGUCCUUUAAUAAGAGGUCAAGAUUUGAAUCAUCUCGCAACAAAGGAUAUUGCGGUAUGAAUUGUGACGGUUGUGUUUGUCAAUAGUCUGGUAGCAAAAUUGAUGGUGUGUGCCUGCUUUCAAGGUUGCUGCUGGCGAUCACUCAUUAGGAUUCUUCGUUCUGCUUGAAGCACUGUAUGCUUACCAAUCUGCCAAUAGUUUUCUUUAUUUAUUUAUGUUGCUAAACACCCUUCAUCUCUGCUUGCUGAUUGAAAAUAUUUGUUUGAAAUUUUGCUUAUGUCUACUGCUAGAUAGCUUGAAAUCACAAGUGAUGUUUAUUUGGAUCAUUUUAUCAAACAUCUCAAUAUUUUGAUGAAGGCUUGUUUGAUGUUA